UUGGCAACAAUGAACUUGCUGUUCCUGAGUUUUAUUACAUUUACUGCUGUAACAUUUUAUGUAACUGGAGAAAAUGAUGGAAAACGUCUAUUGCUGAACGACCCGGAUGUUGUCCAGGAUCGCUUAAACCGCAUGGAGAAUAUGUUAGUGAUACUUAACAACACUGUGAAACAACAAUCUCAAUCCAUAUUACUGCAGGCUACAACCAUAAAACAACAAGCUACUACUAUACAGCAGCACGAUACAACGAUACAGCAACAGGGUACUACCAUUCAGCAACAGGGUACAACCAUUCACCAACAAGCUACAGAUUUACAACAGCAAGCCACAACUAUACAGCUACAACAAACAGAGAUCAGACAACUCCGAUCUAGUCAGGGAACUGGUUCAACAUACGUAAUCUGGGGACGGAGACAAUGUCCAAAUAAUACAGACACGGAACAAGUGUACUCAGGAUAUGCAGGGGGAGGAAUGUACGACCAACCAGGUUCUGCAGCAGAGUAUGUCUGUCUUUCUCCAGAUCCAGAUUUUCAGAGAACAAGUGGUUAUGAUGGCGGGCAUAUGUAUGGUGCAGAAUACCAAGGCUCAUUUUUUGGUACCCAGGAUGAAGAUGUUCCAUGUUCUGUCUGCAGAAAGACACGUUCUACUUCAAUUCUUAUGAUACCUGGUAAAAACAAAUGUUAUAAUGGAUGGAAGUUAGAAUACCAUGGAUAUCUAGGAUCGGGAUAUCAUAUGCAUGCAGCACCAACAUCGUAUGUGUGUGUGGAUAGCCAUCCUGAAUAUAUAAAUGGAGGCGUUCAGAAUGAAGAUGGCAAAUUAUUUUAUUCGGUGUUAGCUAGGUGUGGAUCAUUACAGUGUCCUCCUUAUAUAAACAAUUAUCCACUUACGUGCGUAGUGUGUUCUAAAUAACACAGA